AUGGAGAAGAUCCCCGUCGCCGUCCGCUUACAGCCGCCCAGCCCCAGACCCGCUGGCGCUUCCUCCACCUCAGGCUGCGGCGACCGCGUGUGGCGAAUCGACGACACCCGCGUCUCCCUCCCCCACCUCCGGCGCGUGUUCCCGUGGCUGGAUGAUUUGAUUCUGCGCGUGCUCCCGCGACUGGCUGAUUUGAUGCGGCGAGUAGGCCACGUGUUCGACGGGGCCGCGACCAACGCGCGCAUCUGCAGCGCGCUCGUCCGGUCCAUCAUCCGCGCGGCCAUCGACGGGUUCAACAGCACCGUCUUCGCCUACGGCCAGACCAGCAGCGGCAAGACGUACACCAUGAGCGACUGUGACGCCGACCCGGGCAUCAUCCCGCUCACCCGUGAAGCAUGUGUUAAGGUCUGCGGGAAGACGUUGUGGAAAGCGCUGAGCAAACACUUCAGCUCCUCAACCUUGGAGAAGAAUACUUACCACAUUCACUGGCGGGAGAAAGAUCUUGGUCGUCCUAUCAGCAUCAUGCUUGAAGCAUUCCACUAA